AUGCGCCCUUGGUCGAUACACACAUGGCUCUCCCUUACCACACGUUUGCCCAUUGCCCCUUGACAUAACUUAGUUGUUGUAUAGUAAAUCACGCAAAUUUAAAAUUUAUAAAAUUAGAAAAUACUAAUUUUUAGAUAUUUAAAAGUAUUUUUGAAUAAAUAUAUCAAUUAUAAUUUAAUAAAAUUUCCAAAAAUAAUGAUAAUUUUUCAGGUCGAUCAUAGAGAUGUAAUAUAAUAUUGGGUAAUUUUUUAAAAUUGUCUUCAAAGAAUACAAGUUUUUAUAAAUUUUAUACUAAAAAAUAAAAUAAAAUUAUAUUUAAAAUUCACAAAAAAGGAAAAUAAGGGUGUAGAUGUUGGGAUGAUGUCAGCAACUAACGAAGGUUAAUUAGAGAAAAAUAGAGUUCUGCUCAAUGAUUCUUAUGUAAGUGAUUCUAGACGAUUUAAUUGAUCAAAUUAAGAUCUAUAAAAGCUAGAAGAAUCAUAGUUGAAUGAAAUAUAACUUGGUAUACUUUAAUCACAAAAUUAUCACUAAAUAAAGUAAAAAUUAAGUUGAAAGCAUGAAAAAUAAAGUUUCGGUAUCGCAACAACAAUAUGUUAGUGAUGCACUAGAAUCUUGAGCAUUCGGAAGGAUCGUCAUGUAGUGUCCACAGCCUUGAAGACUCUACUUGGAUAAGGACGAUGUGAACAAUCUCUAGAUCUCCUUACAAAGUCUAGAGAUCAAUGAAAUAAGUUGUCGAAUCAUCUCUAGUGGCUGUCAUCUAGUGGAGUAGAAAAAUGGUGACUUUGUAGUUCUCUAGUAGCUAUCACUCAACAAAGAGGAGCUAGAUGGAGGUGGGGCGUAUGUUAGGGAGUUUCAUCCUCAAGUCUAUGUAGUAAGAGAAGACUCUUCAUCGUAUCUGGUAUUCUCUCAAGAGGUGGUGACUCAUCUCCUAGUAGAUCGUCCUCUUCCCGACGACAACUUGUUCGUCAAUCAAUCAGAGAUAAUUUAUUUGAUGAAUUCAUAAUCUUUUUAUCAUAAAUUUUUCAGUAAUUUUAGUAACAAUGCUCUGCAAAUCAUGUUGACAAGAUUUUCGCCAAUGAUCUAGUGAUUCUAGUGGCUUAAUCCUUCACUAGUGCUCUACAAAAAAGUCGUGAUAAUCAAAUAAAAAUAUGAGUUUUGACUCUAGGAGGAUCUAAACCCCCACUAAUUGCUUACCUUCGAAGCCUUUCAAGGGAAGGUGUGACACAGGUUUAGUCCCACAUCACUUGUGUGCUGAAGUUUUGGGCGAAUAUAUAGUAAUAUCAUAUUUGCAAGCAAUAAGUCGCUUUCUCCCGCGUGUAUGACCACUCCUUGCCCUACAAUCAGCUGGCCACCAGUGACAUCGAAGGGGAGUGAUGCGUGCAUGCUUCCAUCAGUCCUAGCACUCGAUCCUCUACUAACAACUCUCUUUGACUAUGUUUUUGACCCGCUUGCAAGCCUAGCUAGCUAGCAAGUCUUCCUUUUUUGUUAUAUUUUAUUUUCAUUUCUUUUUCUUCAUUUAUCUCAAAAAUAAGACUAUAAAAUUAAAUAAAUUUAUAAAAAAUUACAUAAUUAGCCAAAAAUUCAUGUUAAUUAAUUAAAAAUCAUUUUUUAUAAUUUAACACAAAUAUAAGUCUAUUUAUCAUGAUUUAAGGCUAAAACUAUAUUAUUUACUAAUUAUUAACUCAUGAUAAUGAAGACUUAUCACACCCCCUAACUUAAAUCAUUGCUAGUCCCUUAGUAAUGAAAUUACGAAAAUAAAAAUUCACAAAUCUCGAACAUCAUAUUUCAAUACAUAAAAAAAAAGUAUAAUUAUAGAUGAUGCACCUUUAGACACCUUGGAUUCUUAUAUUAAGUAUUUAAGAAUGAUGUCAAGCACUUAAAUGUUUAAACACUCCUUAGAAUAACAAUCUAGACUUCACUUAUUCUAUUCACAUCUUUAUCACUUCUUCACUCGUAGAUAUUUUUACAAGAUGUUCUAAUUAUCAAUACUCAUCUAAAAAUAAUAUUGAUCUUAUAUUUCUCUUUUCUAUGGUUUGAUUUUUUAAUUUUGCACUAUAUUUCUUUAUAUAUAUAUAUAUUGAAUAAGUAGCUUUUCCUCUAGACAAAUUUUGACAAUAAGAAUGAUGUCUCACACCCUCCAUGUGUACUCUUCAUUUUCAAGGCUUUCACUUUAUUUACUUAUUUUAUAGUAAGUUUUUUUCUAUGCACAAUUUUGGACAAUGAGAAUAAUGUCUCACACCCACCAUGUGUACUCUUCAUUUCUAGAUUUUUCAUAUUGCUCUCUCUUUUUUCUUUUUUUUGAAAUAAGUGAUUUCUCCUCACGAGUCCUAUAGAUCAAGGUACAAAAAUCUCUAUUAAACUCAAAUGAUCAAUCAAAUUUUCACAUCAAGUAAAUACUAUUCAUCAAGAUCAUGAAGUCAAAAUCUAUAAAAUCAAAUCCAUGUUAUCUAUCAUAUAUCUAAUGAGUAUUCCAAAAUUUCAUACUAGUAGAUCAUUCUUUUGACUCAAUAAUAAUCUUUCUAGUAUCUUUUGGUAUUAAUUAAUCUAAUUGAUUUAAUUUUUCAUGCAUGCAAUAUGAUGUAAGAAAUUUGUAAAUUAGAUAGUUCUCAUAAUUCUAUUUUCUAUUUUCUAUUUUCAGUUUUUUUUAGCAAUAAUAAAUUUGUUAAAAAUAAAUCAAAACUAUCCUUUUUAUAAUUGUAAUUUCUAAUUUCAGCAAUAUAUAUAUAGGGGAUUGAAAUGUGAGAAAAGGCUCUCUAGAAUUUCAAAUUUUGAGUUGUUUUUUCUCUGCUAUUUUUAAUAGUCUAUUGUUCUUAAUGGAAAACUAGAAAAUAGAUGUUGUAGUUUUUCUGAAAUUUUUUUUAGUUCUUAUUCUAAGUGAGCAUGAAAAAAAUACAAACACAUGUUCUUAAUCAUCCUACAACAUAAUUAAGAAUUAAUACUUCACCCCCAACUUAAAAAUAACAUUGUUCUCAAUGACAUAGAAAAAUUGGAACGAAAUAUGCAGAAAAUAUAAUUUUCAAGUGAAGCAUGCAUAUAUGCAAAUUUAAGCACUAAAAAUGUUGUCAUAAAUGAUAAAGCUCAGAAAGAAAUCACCUCAACCUUAUUUUUAAUUUUCCACUUCAUCUUACACUCUUCCUCCUACACUUUUUGGAAUAAUAAUAAAUAUAGAAACAAGUACUACAAAAUUCUAAGAAAAAUAGACCUUAAAAAAAAUAGAAUAAAAUAAAAACGAUGGGUUACCUCCCAUACAACACUGAAUUUAAUGUCUCUAGUUGGACACAUUAAUUUUACUCUUGAAUUUCUUUUAAUCAAAAAAAUUUCUUUUUCUACAAGGUGUUUAUGUUCUAUGCAAUGUUUAAGCCACUAUCCAUUUAUCUUAAAGUUAUGAUCACUUUUAGGAUCUUUAAUUAUUAUAGCCCCAUGAUCAUCUCUUCCACCACAUAAGGCCUUGUCCAUUUUGAUUUUAAUUUUCCUGAGAAUAAUUUCAGCUUAGAAUCAUAUAACCACAUUUUUUGUCCAACAUCAAAUUUUUUUCUGCUAAUAUAUUUAUCAUGAAAGGUUUUAGUUUUUUUUUAUAUAUUCUAUGAUUUUCAUAAGCUUCAUUCCUCAACUCCUCUAGUUCAUGUAGUUGAAAAAUUCUUUGCCCACCAGCUAAUUUUUCAUCCAUACAUAAAUUUUUUAUAGCCCAUAAUGCUUUAUGCUCUAUUUCCACAAGAAGAUGACAUGGCUUUCUAAAUAUGAAACAAAAUGAGGACAUACCUAUGGGAUUUUUAGAAGCUAUUCUUUAAGCCCAUAAUGCAUCUUGUAAUUUUGUGGGCCAAUUUUUCCUAUCUGAUCUAACUAUUUUUCUCAAAAUUCUUUGAAUUUUCUUAUUUACUACAUCAGCUUGCUCAUUUGUUUGGGGAUGAUAUGGAGUGGCUACUCUAUGAUAUACUCCAUUCUUUUUCAAUAGUUCCCUGAAAUGUUUAUUUGUAAAAUGUGUUCCUCCAUCAUUAAUAAUCAUUCAAGGACAUCCAAAUCUUGAAAAAAUAUUUUUCUGUAUAAAUUUCAUCACGAUUUUAUGAUCAUUAGUUCUAGUAAGAAUAGCUUUCACCCACUUACACACAUAAUCAACAACAAGCAAAAUAUAUUCAUAUUAUUUAAUUGACGGAAAAAGACACAUGAAAUCUAUUCCCCAUACAUUAAACAUUUUGACUACUAACAUGUUACUCAUGGGCAUUUCAUUUUUUUUAUUCAUGUUACCUAUAGAUUGGCAUGAAAUACAUGUUCUACUAAAUUCUACAGAAUCUUUAAUGAUUGUAGACCAACAAAGCCACAUUGAAAAAAAAAAUUAGUUAUUUGCAAAAAAUAUCCUCCAUAGUUAGAUGAAUGGCACAUGUUAAGAAUGCUAUGAUAUUCUUCUUUAGGAACAAUCUCCUUAAAAUUUGAUUAUUGCCCAACUAAUAUAAAUCAAGAUCAUGCUAAAAAUAAUUUCUAAUCUUAGAAAAGAAAUGAUGUUUUUUGUUCUUAUCUCACUAUUCUCAAAUUUUUCCAAAAAUUAGAAAAUUAACAAUAUGUGCAUACCAUGGUGAUGGUUGAUGUUGAGCUGCCAUCAAUUGUUCAUCUAGGAAUACAUCUUGUAAAGGUGUUGCAUUUAUUCAUAUAUCACUCAAUCUAGAAACAUGGUGAGCAACAACAUUCUUGAAACCUUUUUUAUCUUUUAUUUCUAAGUCAAAAUUCUGCAACAAUAAAACCCAUCUUAAUAAACAUGGCUUUGCAUCUUUCUUAUUUAACAAAUAUUUUAAUGUUGUAUGAUUAGUAUAAAUAAUAAUUUUAGUUUUUAAAAUAUAUGAUCUAAAUAUUUCAAAUGAAAAUACCAUAGCUAACAACUCUUUAUCAGUCGUGAUAUAAUUUAAUUGAGCAUCAGAUAUAUUUUUACUAGUGUAUGAAAUUACUAUGGGUUUUGACUCUUUUCUUUGUCCUAGAAUGGCUCCCACUACAUAAUUUGAUGCAUCACACACUAUUUCAAAGAGUAGGUACCAAUCAGGAGCUUGUAAAAUAGGUACUUCAAUAAGUAAUCUUUUUAUUUCAAAAAAAGACUCAAAACAUUUCUCAUCAAAAUUAAAAAUCACAUCUUUAGAUAAUAACAUGGUGAAAAGUUUAGAAAUUUUUGAAAAAAUCUUGAAUAAAUUUUCUAUAAUAACCAGUAUGACUCAAGAAAGAUCUAAUCUAUUUUACUAAAUUUGGAGGUUUAGUUUUAGAUAUAAUAUCAAUUUUUACUCUAUCCACCUCUAAUCCCUUUUCACUCCUAAUAUGAUCCAACACAACUCCCUCUCUAACUAUAAAAUGUGAUUUCUCCCAACUCAAAACUAUUUUUUUCUCUAUACAUUUCUCAAGUACAUGCUGUAAAUGAUUUAAGCAUUCAUCAAAUGAUUUACCAAAAAUAGAAAACUCGUCCAUAAAAGUUUCUAUACAUUUUCCAGUCAUAUCAAAAAAAAUAGACAAUAUACAUCUUUGAAAUGUGGUUGGAGCAUUAUACAUACCAAAAGUCAUACGUUUAAAAGCAAAAGUACCAAAUGGACAAGUGAAAGUUGUUUUUUCUUGAUCUAAAGGGUUUAUAUAAAUUUGAUUAUAACUAGAGUAUCCAUCUAGAAAAUAAAAAAAAGAUUCCAACUAUUUUUUUAGAAUUUGAUCAAUAAAUGAUAGGGGAAAAUGAUCUUUUCUAGUAACUGAAUUUAAUUUUCUAUAAUCAAUGUGAACCCUCCAACUAGUAGUUAAUCUUGUUUGUAUUUCAUCCUAUUUUUGUUUUUUAUAACCGUGAUCCCUGAUAUUUUUGGCACCACUUGUGUAGGACUAACCUAUUUGCUAUCUAAAAUAGAAUAAAUAAUAUCAGCAGCUAGACACUUUAAAAUUUCUUUUUUUACAAUUUCCAUCAUGUUAAGAUUUAAUCUUCAUUGUGGUUCUCUACUAGUUCUAACCCCCUCCUCUAGAUGUAUACUAUGUAUGCAUACACUCAUAUCAAUGCCCCAAGAUCAUUCAUUUUUCAGCCAAUAGCCUUCUUAUUUUUUUGAAGUAUAUCUAAUAAUUUUUCUGCUUGUUCAUCACUCAAAUCAACUACAAUAAUAAUAGGAACCGAAUUAUUUUCCUCUAAAAAUAUAUAUUUUUUAAACUAGAGAGAAGAGGUUUCAACUCUAAAUUUAAAUAAUCUUCCUCUUUCUUUUCUCCCAAAUUUAUAUUCUCUAUUUCCUCUAAUUCUUUCAAGACACAAUCAUCAAUAACAUCUAGAUCAUCAAAAUUAUCUAGAAGAUCUAUGGUAUGACAAUCAUAUACUUCGGAUUUCUUAAGAUUAUUUGAUACCUCAAAAAUUUUAAGUUCUAUUGAUUGAUCUCCACAUAAAAUUUUUACAAUACCUAUGAGAAAAUCAAUAUUCAUUUUUAUUAUAUACAAAAAUAGUCUCCCUAGAAUAAUUGGUGUAUCAUAAAAUUGUCCAUUGAAAUUAAUUUUCAGUACUACAAAAUCAACUAGAAAUUUACACCUUUUAACUAUCACUAUCACAUUUUCUAAAAUACCUUUAGGAUGUUUUAUAGAUCUAUCAACAAAUUGUAAGGUAACAAUAGAAGGUUUAAGAUCAGCAAUAUUAAAUUUAUCACAAAUACUUGUAUGUAAUAAAUUAAUACUAACACUACUGUCAAGUAAUAUAGUUUGAAAAAUAGAUCCACCAAUAUCAUACAAAAUUAAAGAGGCACCAGUAUCUCUCAAUUUAUAUGGUAAUUGAUUUAAUAAUAAAGCAUUAGUGUGCACAGAUAAUUUCUCUACUCUAGAUGUUUUUUUGGUGUACCUAUUUUUUUCAAAACUCUAGCAUAUUUAGGAAUAUGUUCAAUGGCAGUGAGUAAAAGAAGAAUAAUUUACACAUCUUGUAAAAAAAAAUUAUUUCUUGAUUGUGUUCCUUUUCUUUCUUUGUCUAGGCUCUAGAGCUUUAGGAAAUGGAAUAGUUAUCCUCUCUUUCAGAAUUUCCUUGGUAGAAUCUAUAAAGUCCUCUUCUACUCUUAUUUGAUUUUGUUCUAGGUUGUUCACAUUUUCUUUUUCUUCUAAUGUUGGGGGAUAAGGAUCAAGUAAAAUCUUCUCACUCCUUAAUGCAUUCACUAUCCUUAUAUUUUCAUUUCGUGGGUUUUUUUCUAAAUUCAUGCUACUAGACUCUCCUUGCUAAAAUCUUAUUGUUGGGCAGUUCCUUAGAUUUUCUAUAGGUUGACUAAGUAGUUAUCCCUCUUCUCUCUUAGUCUUAAGAGCCUCUAUAAUUUAUUCCUGCUGCAACAUCAUUUGAUUCAUAGUUUGUUACAUCAUUUGGCUCAUUUUCUGUAUUAUUUCCAUAGCAUUAGAUUAGAUUUGAGAGGGCUAAUUUUUCUGAAAUUUGUUUUUCUAUUUUGGACGAAAUUCAAAUUUUAAAUUAGGUUUAAGUGCUUUUAGAUUUUGAAUAUUAUUUAAGUCUCUCCAAGAAAAUUUAUUCUUCCAAUUAAGAUUAUAAGAAUCUAAAAAAGACUCCCUAUUUCUAUUUAAACUGUGAACUACUUGUACUUGUUCUUGCAUAGGGUGAAAUGAUUGAUCUAAAUUAUAGGAUUGAAAUUCAUUAUAAUCAUUUUCACCAUAUAUAGGACUACUAUUUGAAUUAAAUUGAGAGUUAAGAGGCUUUCUAAUAUUCUUAAUAAGUAAAUCAAGUUGUUAUAAUCUUUGAUUAAUUUGAUUAACCUUAUUUUAUAAAUUAGAAUCAUUUUGAUAAUGUAAUUCAUAAACUUCUCUCUUCUUAUCUCUAUCAUAUGAUACAAAAGAGGUUUGAUCUCUAUAAUUUUCACUUAAAUUCUCAUAAAGACUAUAAAUCUCAUCAAUAGUUUUCUCCAUAAAAGCUCCUCCACAUAUAGAAUCAAUUAUAUUUCUAUGUUGUUCUAAUAAUUCAUCAUAAAAAAAUUUAUUGAGCUGUCACUUGAAUAUAGUAUGAUGAGUAUAUUUUUUAAGUAAAUCUUUGAAUUUUUCUCAUGUCUCAUGCAAAGUUUCUCAUAAUCUUUGAGAAAAAUUUUAUAUAUAUUCUCUCAUAUUUUAAAUUUUUCUUAAGGGAUAAAAUUUUUGAAGAAAAGUCUAUUCUAUAUCUUUUCAACUAAUUAAUUAUCUAUCUAAUGUGGAUAUCCAAUGACUAGCUUUGUCCCUAAGUGUAUGAGAAAAUAAUUUCAUCUUAAUAAUUUCUAGUGUAACUUGAGAGAGCUAAACUAAAUCACAGAUCAUAUGAAAUUUUUCUAAAUAUUGAUGAGGUUCCUCUAAAGGCAAUCCAUGAAAAUUAGAGAGUAUCUGAAAAAUUCUUGAAUUUAUUUCAAAUUUAACAGUGGGUGCUAAUAUAACUCUAAUAUUAGAUGCUCUUUGAAAUGAAUCACAGAUAUAAUGAUUUUUUAUGGUCGUAGAAUUGUUCUCAAUUUGACUUGUACUUUCUUCAAAAUCCAUCAAAAUUAAUUUUUCUUUCAAAUUUUUUGUUUUGAAUGAAAUAAUAAAAAGAUUUUUGAGCUUUGGAUGCAAGGAUCUUCUACCAUACCUAAAAAUCAAUAAAUUUGAGGAAAAUUUUUAAUAAUUGUUACCAUCUUUCAAUAUGCUCUAGUCCUUGCCUUGCUUCUCUUUGUUCUUUUCUUAAGAAAAAUAUUUCAACAAGAAGAAAAUAAAACAUGAGUUAAUUUUUUUAUGUACUUUAAGAGAAAAAUAAAAAUAUUUAAUAUUAUGUCAUACAUCCCUGAUAAUGGCAUCAAAAUUUGUCGUGAUUUAGUCAUUGUAUAGUAAAUCAUGCAAAUUUAAAAUUUAUAAAACUAGAAAAUACUAAUUUUUAGAUAUUUAGAAGUAUUUCUGAAAAAAUAUAUCAAUUAUAAUUCAGUAAAACUUUCAAAAAUAGUGAUAUUUUUUCAAGUCAAUCACAAGGAUGUAAUAUAGUAUUGGACAAUUUUUCAAAAUUUUCUUCAAAGAAUAUGAGUUUUUAUGAAUUUUAUACUAAAAAAUAAAAAUAAAAUAUAUUUUAAAUUCACAAAAAAGAGAAAUAAAGGUGUAGACAUCAAGAUGACGUUAGCGCCUGAUGAAUGUCAAUCAGGUGAAAACAAAGUUCUGCUUAGUGAUUCUUAGUGAUUAUAAAUGAUUUAAUUAAUUAAAUUAAUAUUUGUAAAAUCUAAAAGAAUCAUAAUUGAAUGAAGUAUACCUUGAUAAAUUUAAAUCACACAAAUUAUCACUAAAUAAAAUAAAAAAUAAGUUGAAAGUAUGAAAAACAAAGUUUCAGCAUCACAGUGGCAAUGCGUCGGUGAUGCACUAAAAUCUUGAGUGUUCGGGAGAAUCUUCAUAUAAUGUCCACAGCCUCAAAGGCUUUGCUUGGACAAGGAUGAUAUGGGCAAUCUCUAGAUCUCCUUGCGAAGUCUAGAGAUCAACAAAAUAAGUUGUUGAAUUGUCUUCGGCAACUGUCACCUAAUGGAGUAGACAAACGGUGACUUGGCUACUCUCCAGUAGCUAUCACUCGAUAAAGAGGAGCUGAAUAGAUGUGGGACACAAGUUAGGGAGUUUUAUCCUCAAGUUCGCACAGCAAGAAGAGGCUCUUCAUCAUAUCUAGUAUGUUCUUAGGAGGUAGCGACUCAUCUCUUGAUAGAUUAUCUUCUUCCUGAUGACAGCUUGUUCAUCGAUCACUUAGAGAUGAUUUACUCGAUAGAUUUAUAAUCUUUUUAUCGAUAAUUUUUUAACAAUUUUAAUAAUAAUACUCUACAAAUUAUGUUGACAAUAUUUUUGCCGAUGAUCUAAUGAUUCUAGCAACUUAAUCCUUCACUAGUGAUCUACAAGAAAGUUGUAAUAAUCAAAUAAAAAUACAAGUUUUGGCUCUAGGAGGAUUUGAACCCGUGCUAGUUGUCCACCUACAUGAGAGAGAUUAAAUAAAUACUCUAAUGCCUUUAUCAAGUGACGUCAUUAUAGUAUAUUUUUGUUAUAAUGAAAGAGUAGUUUAAGUAUUAAAAUUUUCAAAGCCUUUUGGGAGAAGGUGUGAUACGGGUUUAGUCCCACAUCACUUAUGCGUCAAAGUUUUGGGUAAAUAUAUAGUAAUAUCACAUUUGUAAGUAAUGAGUCCUUUUCUCUCACAUGUACGACCACUCUUUGCCCUACAACUAGUUGGCCACUAGUGACAUGGAAGAGGAGUGGUACACACGUGCCCCCAUCAAUCUUAGUCACUCGAGCUCUUGUUGGUGGCUCCCCCCGACUACACUUCUAACCCACUUGUUGCCCCAGCUAGCUAGGGGGUCCCCCCCUUUUACUAUAUUUUUAUUUUUUAAAAAAAAUCUUCAUUUAUCUCAAAAAAAGGACUAUAAAAAUCAUAUAAAUUCAUAGAAAACCACAUAAUUAGCCAAAAAUUCACAUUAAUUAACUAAAAAUCACUUUAAUAAUUUAACACAAAUAUAAGUCUAUUUAUCAUGAGUUAAGACUAAAAUUAUAUUAUUUACUAAUUAUUAACUCAUGAUGAUGAAGACUUACCAACCAUCAUUUUCUAGACUUCAAAAAGAGAUCCAGUAAAUGCCCAAGUCGUCCAUGUCCAAGGAGAGCCUUUGAGGCCAUGGACAUCAUUUGAUGACCCUCCUGAACACAAAAUUUCGACAAUUGUUGAUGCGAGGCUAGAACUUUACCUUUCCUACUUUCAACUUAAUUUUCACUUUAUUUAAUGAUAAUUUGUGUGAUUUAAAUUUACCAAGCUAUUUUUUAUUUAAUUAUGAUUCUUUUGGUUUUUAUAAAUCUUAAUUUGAUCAAUUAAAUUUUCUAUAAUCACUUACAUAAGAAUCAUCGGACAAAACUCUAUUUCCACCUGAUUUACAUUCAUUGGGUGCUAACGUCAUCUUGACAUCCGCACUCUUAUUUUUCUUUUUUGUGAUUUUUAAAUAUAUUGAUGGCAAGUAGGACUGGUCUCCAUCAACUUAGGAGACACUGGCAGUCCAAGUUCAGCUUGAUCAACACGCGAAGACGAAGGAGUCUGGCUUUCGCUACACAGCCUAACCCUUCGGGAUGACGACAUUCUACCUCCGUGAUGGCGACGAGCUCGAGCUCACCCUUAUCUUUCUUUGUACUUUCAUGUUGACUUGUUGGGCCUCGCAUUUGUGUGUUAGCGGGCUCAAUUCUAUGUGUGUGUUGUUGUUUGUGUCUCCCUUUCUUUAGGAUUUUAUUGGGUCUCUCUCUUGACGCUCAAUUAAAACCCUAAGGGAGGGGACCUAUGUUUCUUUCCUUUUGGGCCUCUUUUGGGGCUGAUUUGGGUCUUCAUUUGAGGCCCACUUAAGCACCAUACGAGGGCUCUCCUCUUUCUCCUUUUAAGAGAGCUUAUUGGGUCACUCUUUUAGAGGCUUAAUAAGCCCCUUUUGUAGCCUUUUUGUGGCUUAUGGGCUUGAGGGCCUCAAGUGGGCCCACCUCCCCUUAGCCCACUUGUGGGCCCUAUAUAAGGGGAGGUAGGACCCCCCCUCAAAAAAAAGUGCCAAAUUUUGUGAGAGAUUAUCGUUUGUGAGUUACCUUCUUUGUGACCUAGGAUAGGGAGGGGAGGGAGAGGAAGGCCGUCGAUGUCCUUUGAGGACUUCGUUCUUCGUGAUGCUAUUGCCUGAGAAGUUCUGCUGCUGCUUGAGACCACUAUCGCCGCCGGACAUCAUCAUUGCUGCGUGAGAUCACUACCAUCACCAAACGAAAUGGCCGUGGUUGCUGCUGCAACCGCUGCCGCCUCUACUGGAACCCCAUCACACUGUCGUGAUGAAAGGGGCUUGCUUUGCCUCCCUACGAGCCGUCACUAAGUACUAUGCCAGAGUCUCUUGACUCCCAGUUUGACCACCACCUCUUCCUUCAGAACUCCACCAUAAAUUUGUCAAAGCUGUCAUCUGCCACUCCGCCCAGUCGUUGGUCAUUCACUGACGAAUGCUUACCUACCGCCGACAUUGGGAGAGACCUUGCAGCCGUGCCAACAAGCUAGUCCAGUCCAAGCUCCUCACAGGCCCCUGCUAGAGUUUCCCGAUGAUCUGCCGCCGUCGCGUCGUUUUUAGUGCCGCCUAGACCAAGAGGACUCAACCAUCCCUAGUAUCGUCAGCUGGAUCAUCUCCUUCCUCUACUCCACUUCCCGAUGCCACUAGAGAAGACCGAUCCUUCCAGCGACAGUUGGGCUUCUGCCAAACCGCCAACACUUGGCAUUCCCACCAAAGCGUCACUGCCGCGCGCGCCCCACGCGCCAGCUCUUGCGGCCCGCAUGCCCACUCAGUGCCACCGCCUACAUGCCCCAAGGCAUACCACACAGCUUGCCGCACACGCCCGCUAGUGUGCCCUUCAGCCCACUAGCAGGCCCACACCCCUGCCGACCAUGCCACGCCUUACGACGACGACUACUGCAACUCUUGACCAGGACUGACUGUCAAUGUUGAGCAUUGCUCUUCACCAGAUGUGUCUGCUUAUGUCAAGUCUCCGUUCCAUCACGACCUACCGGGCUACGCAGCCUUGAAGGUUAGCUCCGUACCCCUUCUUACUUAAGUUUAAUUAUCUUUCAAAGGGUUUUCUCAGCUCAUUUCUACUGUCAUCAAGAGAACGUAGAUAGGAUAUGAUGGGUUAUAGGAUUGUGACUUCUAACGCUGUGUCAGAUUCAUCACUAUUUGCGAGCUACAGCCCUAGGCUACUUCACGACGAUCGUUUUGUCGUCUGUCUAGACAUGGACCAAGAGGGUCUCACACUUAUCAUUGUCAAGUGUUUCCCCGAGUUGUCCUGGGUUGAUAAUGUAUAUUGGUACGUCUACUUGUACUUAGGUUAGGUGGUCAGACCUAGAGUCUAGGGCCCAUACAUUCUUAUCAAAUUGAUCCAAUUGCUCCAUCUAGGGUCUUGAGUUUCAUUGAUUAUGUACAAGGGUUCUCGCCCCGUCCUGCAUCAUAUACUUUCUUUCUAUUUAUUAGUAUAAAAUUCAUGAAACAUCAUAUUCUUUAAGAAAAAUUUUAAAAAAUUACCUAAUGUUAUAUUACAUCCCUAUGAUCGACUUAGGAGAGCACACAGACUCAACCCUCUAGUUUAGAUUUUGGGGUGCUGCCCCGAACCCCACAAGGGGAUGGCUUCCCCCCUUGACCCCCCCCUUGUCAACUAGCCACAUAAUUGAGUCCACAAUCCCCUCACCAAAGAGCCUGGUUCAAAAUUGAAGAUUGAUCAGCAAGGUUUUUAGUCACCAUCUUCCACUAUCUCGCCACAACUCAAGGCUUGCUGCACUGCCCCUCACAUUGUAUCAGUGCUGAAGAUCUUCUCUCCACUGUUUGGUGACUCAUAUUAUUCCAUCCAGUAUUUUCUUGUGUGUUUUUCCACUGCCAUCAGAUUUAAUGUAAUAUAUUUGUGUCUUCUCGUGGUUAACCAUCUGGGAUUUUGAAUUUGGAGGUUUACUUAUUGUAGUGGUUGUAAACUGAAUAGUAAUUUCAAAUGGUAUGAUAUGCUUGAGUGGUAAAAAGUUCAAUUCGUCAAGAUGAGGUCGGGAGGACAGGUCAAAAAAAAUUGGGAGAACCAUGAAUUUUUGAUUUAUAACUGGCAAGAUGCUCCCAUAAAGACUUGGAUGCAAAUGAAGGAUAAACUUUGAGAGAAAAAUGUACCCAUCGCGUAUUUAGAUAAUCUUCUAGACCAGUGGCAUAAAUUACAGCAAGGCAAACAUCCAAUGACUGAAUAUAUCACACAGUGUGAAGAGUUCUACAUGAGAUGUAAGGUAGCCAAGAACCCUCAUGUCAUCAUCUCUCAUUUCGGACUAGUCUUUAUCCUUAUCUUGAAACUGAGUUGCUGGUUCGGAAGGCUGCCACUUUGAAUAGGCCUACCAAAUUGUAGAAGACCUAGAGUUUUGUUAGAUUAGGUCGUCUAGCACCUCCACCCUCAAUGGUUGACCUGUUCUUAGUGAGCAUGUGUAUUCAUCUUACCUUACCCAUACCCCCACAUGCACCCUACCCUCACCUCUCCCUGCACAUACUUUCACUCGCACCUCUACCAAUAUGUGUACAUCUACUCCGAUUCCCUAGUCCUCCAUCCCCUUCCACCAGUCGCACCUCAUCAUCCCUUGAUUCCACUGCUCAAACACCUGUCCAGCCGUCCCCUUCUCAGGUCAAUCAGCCUGGGAUGAGUUACUUUAAAUGCCAAGGCCGUGGGCAUCAAGACUCCCAAUGUUCAUCUAGAGCAUUAUAUAUUGGGAAUGAUGAUUGUGAUCUUGAGCAUGAUAUUGAUGAUAAGGAUGUUGAUGAAGAAGAUUAUAAUGUUGAAAACUAUCUUAUGGAUGAAUGUGUUGAAGAGGAUGACAUAGUAGGGUUUAUUGGCAUCACAAAUCCUUCUCCCUCACCACCUAGGAACACCCCAUCUACUUCAGCUAGAGGAAUAAUUUGUCAUACUCUUACCCAGCCUUCCACCGAUGACAUCACCUUGAGGACUUUCAUAUUUUAUACCUAUGUUAAGAUUGGAGACAAGAUGUAUAAGAUAAUUAUUGACAGUGGGAGUUCUAUUAAUGCAGUUUCCGAUGUGAUGGUCUCUCAUUUGAGAUUAUCCUUGAUUGAGCAUCCUCACCCCUAUCAUGUUUCAUGGAUCGAUGCCACAUCUAUUCUUGUGAAAACCCAAUGUCUCAUUUUGCUCAAACUACAAUCCUAUGAUGAAAAGGUUUUAUGCAAUGUGUUGCCUUUGAAAGUUGGAAGUAUUAUUUUGGGUUGUCCAUGGUUUUAUGAUAAUGAUGUACAUCUCUUUUGGUAGGUAUAACACGUUCUUUCAUGUACAAGGGCAAGAAGAUGACGUGGCAUCUGUACACACUUCCCCAUAAAAAUCUUAAACUGAAGUCUACAUCUUUAGGUUUAUACCCCCUUGAUGGGUGUCAACUCCAAAGAGAGUUGGAUAGUGAGUCGUUGAUUUGCCUUGCCAUAAUUCUUGAUCAUUCAAGCGAUGUUCCCAUUCUACCACCUCUAGAGAUGUUUGAAUUGUUGAAUGAGUUUGAGAGUAUUUCCCUGAAGAACUAUCCAAUGCCCUCCCACCUAUGCGAGAUAUCUAACACGCCAUUGAUUUAAUUCCUAGAUCAUCCUUACCAAAUCUUCCUCAUUAUCAAAUGGAUCCCAUUUAGUACAAGGAGCUUCACCAACAGGUUCAAGAAUUAUUAGAUAAAGAAUUUAUUCAAGAGAGUCUUAGCCCAUGAGAAGUUUCUACACUUUUGACCCCUAAAAAGGAUGGGAGUUGGCAUAUGUGUAUUGAUAGUGGAGUCAUCAAUAAGAUCACUGUAAAGUACAGAUUUUCUAUUCUUCAAAGUGAUGACAUGUUUGAUAUGAUGGCUGGAUCAACGAUUUUUUCGAAAAUUGAUCUUGAAAGUGGUUAUCAUCAAGUACAAAUCCAUCCUAGAGAUGAAUGGAAGAUGACUUUUAAAAUUAAGGAUGCAUCAUAUAAAUUGAAGGUCAUGCCUUUUAGACUAUCCAAUGCUCCUAACACUUUUCAGAGGUUGAUGAAUCAUGUCUUUAGACCUUUUAUCAGAGAUUUUGUUAUGGUCCAUUUUGAUGGCAUCUUGAUUUAUAGCAAGACUGAUGACGAGUGGGACCCAUCUCCAUCAGCUCAAGAGAGACACCGGCAGUCCAAGUUCAGCCCGAUCAACGUGCGAAGACAAAGGAGCCUGACUUUCACUACACAGCCUAG